CAUCCGAUGCUGAGCCUACCUCCCGAGCUAUUUGAGCAUGCAAUCGACUUUCUGCACUCCGAUCGUCCGGACCUGGGGAAUUGUGCGCUCGUGUGUCGUGCCUGGCUUCCGCGAAGCCGGUUUCACCUAUUCUCGUCCGUGUGCUUUGACACAGACGACGGCUUCCGCGCAGCGCAUCUCAACCACCUGCUCUCCAGCCCGCGCAGCACGAUUCCUCUGCACGUCCAGACUCUGGAGCUCCGCGCCCAGCAUCUGUUCUUCGUCCGCGAUGCCUCCGGCCGGGGGGGCUACCUCGACAUCGCGAGCCUCGCGCCCCGCCUCGCUCUCCUGCAGCGCGUCUCGACACUGGUCCUGUUCUUCCAGCUGCCGGCCACCAUCAUCCAUAUGUUUCCCCACGUGCAGCAGCUCCACCUGCACCUCGUGACCAUCGGGCCCCUGUUCAGCGACAUCGCGCGCUGCAUGCCCCGCCUGGUCCACAUCGAGAUGACCAACGUCGUCGGUAUUCCGUGCCGCCUGCCCCCGGACCAUCCGCAGAUGCGCCGCAGCCCCACGGUGAAGCUGCGGGUCCUGCGCCUCGACACGCCGUCGCUCGUGUUCCUCGACUGGAUCGCGCUCUUCUCGCAGUCGUCCAAGCGCAUAUCGAUCCCUCAGUUCUACCCGUCUGAGAUGCAGUACCUGGUGCGCUACCUGGAGAAGUUGGACGACGCGCCUGAGUCGCUGGAUCUGGUGAUUCCGCUGGCGGCGAGCAUGGACGACUACGCAUGGGCCGAUCUCGCGUAUGUUCUGGGUCCUCGCUGGGACACGCGGUUGUCGUUAAAAUUCAUGGCUAUCCGGGAGGAUAUUGGGAGGGCCGAGCAGUUCCUCCCCAAGAGUAACAGCAGGCCAUCAAAUUUAUGCGAAUCCUCGCAAUUUGCGCCGUAUUUUACCUUACGCGAGUCAGCUCCGCACGAAGCAUCUAAACUCCCUCUCCCCACCUCCUCCCUCAUGUCUGUGCACACCUUCCAGCCCCCGCGGCUCGCCGUGCAGCUCUCGCUCGGGCACAAAUUCCAGCACUGGUUCCUGCUCUUCUCGCACGAUUACCGCACCGCCGACAGCCGCGAGGUGGCGCGCCUCAGCGCGCCGCACCCCCCGCCGCCCGGCGCAAAAUCACCGGGCUCGCGCCCGCUGCGCCCACGCUUCUGGUUCGAUCCGCACGCCGCGUCCGGGUGGGAGCGCGACGGGGAGUCGCUGCUGGACGUCCUCCUGUCGCUGGAUCUGCGCGAGCCGCCGAUCCUCGCGGUGGUGGAGGAGCAGACGGGGAUGCGGAGCGUCGAGGUGCUGGUCCCGGAGGAGCGGCUGUGCCGAUUCUGUGAGGGCUGCGAGCGGUGGGAGGUGCUUCACUCGGCGGAGUGGAGGUGGUUUCGUGUGCGCGACGGUCCUCUGCCGAGCUACCUGUGCCCGUCCGUACUGCCACCGAAAGGACUGGAUUGGGGCCCGUGCGCAGAGGUGCUGGAGGCGCAUAUGGGAUUCGAUCGCCUAAUCAUGUCACAGUCUAACGCGUCACGCCCAUCUAAUACGAGUCUACGACCCGUGCGCGGGUCCAUCACGUUCGUUUUACAGUACCUAUAA